AAUGUUUGGGCUCAGGAGGUCAAUGGCCACAGUGGCCUCACAAGCCUCCCUCUCGCUCAAGCAAGCCGGCAAGGUCGUCUGCAUCGGCCGCAACUAUGCGGACCACAUCGCGGAGCUGGCCAACGCAAAGCCAAAGAAGCCCUUCUUCUUCCUCAAACCGCCGUCGUCCAUUGUCCUCCCCGGCGAGGGCCCGUGCCUGCAGCCCAAGGGCGUGGACAUGCACUUUGAGGUGGAGCUGGCGCUGGUUAUCGGGCGGAUGGUGAGGAAUCUGCAUCCGGAGGACGAGAAGGGGGCGUUGGAUGCCAUCAGGGCCUACGCAGUCGCCAUCGACAUGACGGCGCGCAACGUCCAAAACGAAGCCAAGAAAAAGGGCCUCCCCUGGGACAUCGCCAAGGGCUUCGACACCUUCCUGCCCAUGAGCAACCUGAUCCCCAAGGCGGCCAUCGCGGACCCGCACGACGCGGAGCUGUUCCUCGACGUCAACGGGCAGCCGCGGCAGCGCGGGUCGACGGCGCUCAUGAUCUACCGCAUCCCGCGCAUCGUCAGCGACAUCUCGCGCGUCAUGACGCUGCUGCCGGGCGACGUGGUGCUCACGGGGACGCCGGCCGGCGUCGGGCCCGUCGUGCCGGGCGACGUGAUGAGGGCCGGCGUCAGGGUCGGCGGGAGGGAGGUGGAGGAGGGGAGGAUCGAGGUGCCGGUGGAGUUGUCGGGGUCUGCGUAUGAGUUUUCGGAGACGUGAGUGAUUGCUGUGAGGAGGGCUUUAAUCACUCCAAGUUCGGAUCCCGAAUCGACCCCGGCUUCGGCGCCCAGUCCGCCACCGUCCCGCACCGGGUACACGUCCUCUUGGCCUCGUCGGCCCGAAAGUCCUCGACGGCCAGCUUGAUCUGGGUGCCCAGGUCGGUGCAGUGGAAGGCGGCCUCGUGCACGACGACGGCCUCGCCCGUGCCCGCG